UUGUGGCAAAAUCUCCCAAAGCUCAAACCCCUCUCUCCUCCCCCCACGAAAUUCGAAAUUUCCCCACUUUCACUCCCCCAAAGCCCCCAAAUGGCCGCUCCGCCGCCGGUGCUCACCCUUGCGGUGGAGAAGGGUCCGCGCAAGGGAGAGAUCUGCCAGUGCAGCGCUGGAUCCGUGCUCCGUGUCGGGCGCGUCAUCAAAGGCAACCACUUUGCCGUGCGCGAUAAGGGCGCGUCGCAGCAACAUCUCUCCAUCGAGUUCCUCCCGCCGCCCGCCGCCGGAUGGGUCGUCUCCGAUCUGGGAUCCUCCAACGGCUCCUUCCUCAACGAUGUGCCCCUCGAGCCCUUUGUUCUCACCCCGCUUUCCCAUGGGAACCUGAUCAAGAUCGGCGAGUCCACCGUGCUCGCCGUGUCCAUCCCCUCCCAUUCGGAUCUGAGCACCGCCACCGCUGCCGACCCCGGAACUAGGCGCUCCUCGCGCUAUGCGGCGGAGACGGCGGCGGUGGAGGAGGAGAAGCCCCCUGCGGCGACCCGCCGGGGCACACGGAAGAAGGCAGCGGUGGCGGCGAUCCCCGAAGUGGAGAAUGAAGUGCCGGACGCGGCGGUAGUGGUAGUGGAGGAGGAGAAGCCCCGCCGGGGCGGACCUAGGAAGGUGGCUGCAGUGGCUCCCCCUGAACAGAGGGAAGAUGGGGAGAAGGAGGCCCCGGUGGGGAGGCGCCGUGGUGGACGGAAGAAGGUCGCGGAGCCCUCUGAACCGGAGAAGGAGGAGGCCCCGCUGGCGCCGCCUGUUGGCGGGCGGAAGAAGACCACAGCAGCUGCUGAGCCGGAGAAAGGAGAUGAGGAGGAGGAAGAGGGGAAGAAGGAGGCCCCGAAGGGGAGGCGCCGUGGUGGACGGAAGAAGGCCGCGGAGCCCUCUGAACCGGAGAAGGAGGAGGCCCCGCUGGCGCCGCGUGCUGGCGGGCGGAAGAAGACCACAGCAGCUGCUGAGUCGGAGAAAGGAGAUGAGGAGGAGGAAGCCCUGCUGGUGACGCGGAAGGAGGACACGGAGCCUCCUGAACUGGAGAAGGAAGACGAUGUGGAGGCCCAGAUGAUUACACGCCGUGGGAGGAGGAAGAAUGCUCCGACGGUCGCCCCUCCACCACAGCCUGUGAAGACGGGGUCCAGAGGGGGGCAUGGAAGGUUUACAAGAGCGGCUAGUACAAGGAAGGCCGUUCUAGAGGACGAGGAAGUGGAGGAAGAGGAGGAACAUGAGGUGGCUGUGCCAAGAGAUCAGCCUGGCAAUCUGUCGACUUCGACAGCGGUAAAGGAUGGUGAAGAGGAGGAGGAGGAGGAGGAGAAGGGGGAUAAGGUGGCAGCUGACGAUGGAGAAAUCGAGGUGGCUGCAAAGGCAUUGGAGGAGGAAGUCCCCAAGGGGAGGGCUUCUGCUCAGUGUGCUGCUUCUGACAAUGAGGGUGUUGGGGAAAGGGGUGGCGGAGAAGAGGAAGAUGAUGGCAAUGGGGAUUUGCUUGGCAGUAGAGGAGAGGCUUCUGCUCAGUGUGCUGCUUCUGGCAAUGAGGGUGAUCGGGAAAUGGGUGGCGGAGAAGAGGAAGAUGAUGGCAAUGGGGAUUUGCUUGGCAGUAGAGGAGAGGCUUCUGCUCAGUGUGCUGCUUCUGACAAUGAGGGUGAUUGGGAAAUGGGUGGCGGAGAAGAGGAAGAUGAUGGCAAUGGGGAUUUGCUUGGAAGUAGAGGAGAUGUAGGAGAUGGGGCGAAGGUGGAGGAAUGUGCUGUUAGAAGCAGCCUUGAGACCAUGACAUUGCAGGAGUGGUUCGACCGGAUGGAAAAGUACCUCCCAAGGAUGAUCAACGAGGCUGCUGAUCAGAUGAUCGCGGAGUUGGAGGAGAAACAAAAGCGAGUCCAUGAGUACAUUUCAACGCUCAGUAAGAGCUCCGACCCUUCCUGAAAAUUAUGUCUUAGAUGCUGGAGAUUGACUAGAAAAUAAACUAGAGUCGCUCCCGUGGUGAUAAUCUUCACUUACUGUAGAAGAAUUGGUGUGGCGUUUGUCCUUUUGGGUAAUAUGAGUAGUUUACUAUCUGGUAUUAGUUUGAUAUGUUGACGUUUGCUCGUUGGCUUGUAAUUAGCUUAGCAUUUUGGUAUGCACUGAUGUUUCUGUGGGUUUCAGGAAGGUGUGUUAUAAUGUUGAAUACUCCCUCCGUUUUGGAACACACAGUUUCAGUAAUGAAACUGAGAGCUUGUCCCCUUGAGAAAAAUCAUAGUUUUAUUUUGUUGCAGUUGGGUACUAGAAUGGGUAAGAUAGCAUUUUUCUCUUAUUGUAACUCACUGAACUAACACCGUUGAAGCUC